UUAACUAUUAUUGGUAUGAGGUUGCUCAAAAUAAAGUUAGAAUUUAACGGCGGGUUUAACGGUUGAACCAGCCGUUAAAUGUAACGGAGGAAUAGACCUACGUUAAAACAUUAACGGAAGGUUUCCAAGAUGGCGGCUCUAUUUGUAAAUCAUAGAAAAGUGAAAGAAUUUCGGCACACUGCACAUGUACAGAAUAUGCUAGACAAUGAGAUGUAUGCCAGAUACAGAUAUACGAAUGGUGGAAUAGAUUAUCUAGAGGAUUUGCUGAAGGAAUCGCUGGAAAGAACGACAAGAAGAAACAGAGCACUUACUGUUAGACAGAUGAUUCUGAUUACGUUGCGCUUCUUCGCCACAGGAGCAUUUUUUAACAUCAUUGGUGAUAGCAUGGGCUACCACAAGUGCACUGUGUCACGUGUUGUAGCCAAAGUAACAGAAGCAAUUUGUGGUCACAUACAUCAGUUUGUGAUGUGGCCUGAUGCCAAUGCUCGAGCAUGGAAUAUGACAGAAUUUUUUAAGAAAGCUGGUUUCCCGAAUGUUGUUGGAUGUGUAGAAGGAACACAUAUCCGAAUCCAGGCGCCAUCCGAAGACGAACCAGCCUUCGUGAAUAGGAAAGGCUUCCAUAGCAUCAACAUGCAGGCUGUAUGUGACAUCAAAGGAAAAUUUACAAGUGUAAAUGCAAGCUGGCCUGGGUCGUGCCACGACGCGCACGUCUUCAGAACGUCGGGAUUGGCAGCCAAACUGACCAUUGAACAUGUGGCGUUUUCAGAUGGUAUCCUUUUAGGAGACAGUGGGUACGCCCUGAAGCCAUUCCUCAUGACCCCUUUUAUUAGGGUUGACAGUGAAUCAGAGGAAAGAUAUCAACAGGCACACACUCGGACUAGGGCCUGCAUCGAGAGAGCAUUUGGCAGGCUUAAGAGGAGAUUUCAUGUUUUACAUUCAGAGAUACGCCUCAGACCAGAAAAGGCAUGCAAGGUAGCUGUGGCAUGUGUAAUCCUACAUAAUAUUGCAGUGGACAUGAACAUGCCUAUGGACGACGAUGAGUUCAUUCAGCCACAGAAUGGGAAUGAUGGAGUACACCAAGAUGGUGGUACUGGCGUUGCCACUAGAGACUUCAUUGUGGAAAACUUCUUCUCUGUGUAGUAUCGAUAUAUAUACCACUGCUAUCAUAAAUGCUCGUUCAUCAUCACCACUGCUCGUUCUUCAUCACCACUGCUCAUUCUUCAUCACCACUGUUAGUUCACCACUGUUAGUUCAUCAUCACCACUGUUAGUUAAUCAUCACCACUGUUAGUUUAUCAUCAUCGCUGUUAGAUUAUCAACAUCUUCAUACACCUCUUGAAGUAAAAAAUAAUAAUUCUUACAUUGUUUGCUCUUCAUUCAUAAUUGUUUGUGUAUUGUGUAAAGGCACUUAUUAAUGAAAAACA